AUGGGCGUGAGCUUACCUAAAGAAAGAGGAGAAUUUGCCAUACUGUUUGGUCUUGCUAAAAUAAGGAAUGAUGUUUCGCUAUACUUAAAGACAAAGAGGGUGCGGAUGCCUCUAAAGAAAGAGAUUGGACAGGUGAGCGAGCAGAUUGGACAGGUGAGCGAUCAGAUUGGACAGGUGAGCGAUCAGAUUGGACAGGUGAGCGAGCAGAUUGGACAGGUGAGCGAGCAGAUUGGACAGGUUAGCGAUCAGAUUGGACAGGUGAGCGAGCAGAUUGGACAGGUUAGCGAUCAGAUUGGACAGGUGAGCGAGCAGAUUGGACAGGUUAGCGAUCAGAUUGGACAGGUUAGCGAGCAGAUUGGACAGGUUAGCGAUCAGAUUGGACAGGGGAGCGAGCAGAUUGGACAGGUGAGCGAUCAGAUUGGACAGGUGAGCGAUCAGAUUGGACAGGUGAGCGAUCAGAUUGGACAGGUGAGCUAUCAGAUUGGACAGGUGAGCGAGCAGAUUGGACAGGUGAGCGAUCAGAUUGGACAGGUGAGCGAGCAGAUUGGACAGGUGAGCGAGCAGAUUGGACAGGUUAGCGAUCAGAUUGGACAGGUGAGCGAGCAGAUUGGACAGGUUAGCGAUCAGAUUGGACAGGGGAGCGAGCAGAUUGGACAGGUGAGCGAUCAGAUUGGACAGGUGAGCGAUCAGAUUGGACAGGUGAGCUAUCAGAUUGGACAGGUGAGCGAGCAGAUUGGACAGGUGAGCGAUCAGAUUGGACAGGUGAGCGAUCAGAUUGGACAGGUGAGCGAUCAGAUUGGACAGGUGAGCGAUCAGAUUGGACAGAAAUAUGUUCUGUCCCGGUCGCAGGUCGUGACAGACAGCAGGAUGUCCCUGAGCAGGGUGUUCUCUCACCGUGUUGUGACCAAUCACCCCCGGCAACAAAAUCUCGACUCAAGGCCUUCCUGGGGUCCGAUGGUGGGACAGACUCCUUCACAAGACCGUGAUGAAGUGGAUGAGGACUUUCUGGAUGAAGUUGAACAGUUAGGACAAAAGAAAAGAAUACAUGACAAGAGACAAGAGGGACGAGAGAUUGUGUGGUUAGAUGAGACAUGGGUGAAUGCAAACCAUAGUGGCAACAUCCAGAAGCAGUCAACAACAGGAUUCAGAUUCCAUUGGGGAAAGCUGCAGAGAACCGAACAACAGAUGCCCCACCUCUACAUCAAGGAAGGGAGAUAUGGUGCAAUGGUUGGCAUUGAAUAUCCCCCAAAGGCAACAAAGAAGUCUCAUUCCUUCUCUUUUCUUGAACUUGAAGGUCUAGAUUGGCAAGGAAGAACGUCAGAGCCAAACUGGGAUUUUGGGAAACUCAAGUUUCAUGACUUCAAGAUCUGGUAUAGAAGAAGGAAGAACAAACACUGGGAGCUGCCAGUGUUCAAGUCAUACAUUAAAACUAUGGAAAGUAACUUUGGAUCUGGAAUUGGCACUUUCUUCGUGUUCACUCGAUGGGUGAUAUUAUUGAAUGUUGCUCUGGCCGUAGUGUGGAUGGGAUUAGUUGUCCUGCCUACUGCUGUGGCCUUCAACUACGCAGCCAUAAACAGUUCUUUCUCUUACGCCAACCUGCUUGAUGGACAGGGUCCAGUCGGAGAGUCGUGGGUGUUCUUCUGUGCCUACUCUCCCCAGCUGGGGGUCGGGGACCUGCAGAUAUCAAGACACAUCCAGUCCUACCACACAGGCCUCGCCUACCUCUCCAUGAUCAUCAUCACAUACUUCGGCAGUCUUUUGUUUAUACUCAGAAGCAUGGCCAGUGGAAUGCAGCCAAGCCAGUCGGAGUCUGUGAGGGCCAGGUUUUGCUUUUCACUGCUCACAUUCACCUCAUGGGACCACAGUAUAAGCUCGCAAGAAGCCUCAGUCAACCUGUCCAAGGGCAUUGCUAGCAGCUUGAAGGAUAACUUGUAUGGUGCUAAGGCUGCCGAUUUGACCUGAAAAUUGACUCGGAGAGAGAAAUGCAAAGUUUAUGCUAGGCGAAUGAUAGCUUGGUUUAUUACACUGGUGUUAGUGGGAGCUGGUUGUACAGGGAUCGUCUACCUUGUCAUCUUUGUCAACUUCGUCUCUGACUUUCACAUCAUCAUCAAUGGUGUCAGCGUGGAGCAGUAUCUGCCUGGCUUCCAGACCUACAUUACUCCCAUCUCAUUCAGCCUCAUCAACAUGAUUGUACCGCUCUGUCUCAAUCAGCUACCAAAGAUGGAGCAGUAUGCAAGUGGAAGGAUUGAACUGAAUGUUACCCUUUUGAGAAUCUUCACCCUAAGAAUGGCCAAUCUUUUUGCCCUCAUUGUCUCCUUGUAUAACAUGGUAAAUUCACAAAACAAGAAUGAGCCUGGUAAGGCCAGCAGCAUCCAUUGUACAGGGACUGUGAUUGGUCAGGAGAUGUACAAGCUUGUCAUUAUGGACACAAUAAUUCAUACACUUGCCAAUGUACUGCUGCAGUUCAUUGGAUACUGCUGGACUAUGAAAAAAUCUGAGUUUAACAUCUCUUCAUCUGUCCUGGUGCUCAUCUACAGACAGGCUCUUAUCUGGAUUGGUACUCUGGCUUGUCCCGUCCUGCCUCUGAUCGGGACUCUGUCCGACCUGGUCUUCUUCUUCCUCAUGUAUGGCAUUAUUAAGCACACCGGCAUGCCGCCAAUCAAGCGCUGGGCACAGUCUCGCAACACCAUCUUCUUCAUGACCUUUCUCCUCCUUUCACUGCUCUGUAUCAUUGUUCCUGUUGCCAUUGUCAUUGGAAGUCCAACAUUAGAUCUGGGCAGGACUCACAACGCCACAGUACGCUUUGGACCAUUUAGCACUGGUAUCAUGCCAACAUCAGCAUACAACGACUUCGUUGCUAGUUUAGAUGUGGAGUGGCUGAAAAGUGUUUUCACAUGGUGCCUCUCGGACACAGUGGUGAUACCCCUUUUCUUCAUACUUCUGACGCUGCUGGUGUACCAGCGUAAUCGCAUCAGCGGGGAGGCGAGGCUCGGAGUCAUCCUACAGGCAGAGUUACAACAGGAAAGAGAAGAUAACAAGAACUUGAUGAAGAAAAUACAAAGUAUGAAAGUGUAUUUGUAAUGAAAUGCUUA